AUGCCUCGAACCACCCCCGCUGUCAUCCCCUCUGCCAUCGCCCGCCGGAUCGCCAGCUUCCUCCCCGUGCGGGACCUCCUCGUGUUCGGAUUAGUUUCAAGAUCCGCGUAUGAGGCCACCCUCGAGCCCCGGCUAUGGGUCUCCCUUCUCCAAAAGAUGGGCGUCUGGGACAACGCCGUGGCGCUCAGCAAGGAGACAAUACGAGGGGGCCACUUGGACUACCUCGGGGACCCCCUCACCUGCCUCGACUACGUCUACCGGCUGGCCAAGAACGCCCGGUACCAAGUGCUCAAGAUCCACCGGGCGUUGGGCGUGUACUACUACGACUUGGUGGGCUGCAACAGCUACGACCGGUUGCGGAUUUUCCAGGACUUUCACACACCCGAGGAGCAGAUGCGGAUGUUGAAGAACUUGCAGGCUUACAACAGGGCCGACUUGCUGCCCGAGUCCCGACGCAAUGCCCACGGGAAGCUCUGCGAGUUGCUCGAGAUCUUUGAAAACGCCGUCUUGCGCGAGAUCGAGAUCCAUUUUGACCUCGAGGAGUACCCUACAACUAAACGGUUUGCCGAGAUCCUCGUCGCGUUGGAUAACCAGCUGGUGUUGGUGGACUUUUUCCUCCAGAAGAUGGCCCAGGGAAACAUAGAGGCGCAGGACGUGGACACGCUAGUUGCUGCGCUCACGCUGGAGUUUCGGAGGCACUCGCAUAUUGUCCACGCAGCGUUCCCCGCUGACCUCUCCAUGAUGUACAAGGUCUGCGAGGAGCUCAUGUCGACGCUAGUGGCCACGGCGGUACAGUUGGCGAUCGUGGAGGCCAAGGAACACGGCACCUACCUCUCUGUGGUGCCCCAGUUGUACCACCGGCUCGCCACCACCAUGAUUCCGCAGUUGGCACAGCCGCACGAGUCCUACCAGCGCGAGCUCUUGGACAUGGUGUUUGCUCCGUUUGCCGCAGAGUACAUCCGCGAGCAAGUCUCCAGCGUGAAGGAAAAGGUAAAGAAACCGCCGGUGGUGAGUGUAACCCCAGAGUCUACCAUCCUUUCCAGCCUCAAGAGUGUUUUCCUGGCGCCGGAGGAGACCCCAACACCGCCCGUGGCUCCCGUGGAGCCGUUCACUCCGGAGGCCAUAAUGGGGCUCCUCGACGACGCCAAAACGGCAUUGUCCCGGUUGUCCAACUUCCAGGACUACUCCAUCCACACCCUCCGCAGCGACGCCGCCCAGUCCCAGCAGGAGAUAAUCACCUUUGUCAUGGACACCGUCGGCAGCGACCACUUGCGGCCCGGGUUUGACCGUGCGCUCGCGUUUCUACAAUCGUGCAACCCAAAGUCGCCCACAUACUCCUCGGUGGAGCCCCCGGGACAGCCGUUGGUGUUGUUCUUUGACUUGAUAAACACAGCCGACACCAUCAUCCAAAUGGUGGACCGGUUCUGCAAAGAGGUGUCCCUGACACACAGCGUGCGCAAGUUGGAAGUCCUAGUGGACACAAACGUUGCCGAGGGGCUAAACAUAGGGAUCGAGGUGUUGGUGCAUCAAAUCGAGACCAUCUACACAAAGCGGCUCCACGAUAGCGAAUACGAUCCCGCACUGGGCUCCCCCAGUGUGGGCCCUACCGAGGCAGCGCAAAGGGCAACCGAGGUGCUCUCGCAAAACAUGAACCUCCUCGUGGACAGCGCGGAGGGCUCGGUGGUGGACGUCUUUCAGCAGGAACUAGCCGAGCGGUUCUUCCAAACCGUGGUUAAGGUGUUGAAGGGCCGCACGGUGUCGAUGAUAGGCGCACCAACGUUGAUAGCCGACUUGAACCUCUACUUCGAGGUCGUCAUGGGGAGCAUCCGCAGCAACAAGCGCGUGGUGGCGCCGCUCUUCCUGGCACUAAAACAAAUCGGCAACGUGUACUUGAUCAGCGGCAACGACUCCAAGGCGAUCGGCCGGUUGGUCAGCGACUUGUCCAAGUUCAACGGGAUCUUCAAUCAGGAGGAGAUCUACGAGUUUGUCCAGCGGCGCAAGGACUGGGCGGAUAUACGAAAAGACGUGGAAAAGGUGAUGUACGGGUUUGGCUUGGGCGAUUGUAAGUUUAUGUAA